CCUCGGGGUACAUUUCAGUUACAGUAUUUCAGCCAGAGGAGAGGAAUAUCUUCUUUAAGACACCGAGGUUGUAGUAGCAAGAUAUGAAAUAUUAAAUUGGAGGGAAGCCUCAGACAAAACAGCUGAAAACAUCAAAAAAAUUUGGAAUGACUAAAUCUUCAGGCAUGCUGCUUCUUUGCCUUGCUGUCAUCAGCCUCAUAGCAAGCUCUCUCUGUGCUGCUGUUCCAGCACGGGACUCUGUUCCUGAGCAGAAGUCAGUGUCCACCGCGUCCACCAGAAACAAGCUACUGCUCAUCUCUUUUGACGGCUUCCGCUGGGACUAUGACCAAGAUGUUGAAACCCCCAACCUGGAUAAGAUGGCCCAGGAUGGGGUGAAGGCAGCCUAUGUUACCCCACCCUUCCUCACCAUUACCAGCCCUUCUCACUUCACAAUGCUGACAGGACGUUAUGUCGAGAAUCACGGAGUAAUCCACAACAUGUGGUUCAACACUACAACCCAGGAGAAGAAGCAGUACUACGAUGCUCAGUUUGUUGAUUCAUACUGGGACAAUGGCAGCUUACCCAUCUGGAUAACAGCACAGAGACAGGGUUUAAAAACAGGUUCUCUACAUUUCCCUGGCACAGCACCCACCUACACAGGGGAGACUGUGAUGGUUCGUCAAGUGGAACCUCGUUUCUAUGACCAUUCAAAUGAGACAGAUUGGAAGCUGAACAUUGACAAAGUGAUUGGAGAGUGGUUCCACAAAAAUGACCUUGACUUUGUCACACUGUACUUUGGAGAACCGGAUUUGGUAGGACAUGAAUAUGGACCAGAUUCCCCAGAACGCCGAAAGAUGGUCCAGCAAGUUGACCGCACUGUGGGCUACAUCCGAAACAAGAUCGAAGACCAUGGCCUGACUGACAGCCUCAACAUUAUCAUCACAGCCGACCAUGGGAUGAGUACAGUUCUACGUGGUGGACAAGUUGAGGAGAUCAUCCUCUCUAAAAUUCCUGGCUUCAGCUUCAGGGAUAUCCAGUUCCAGCUGUUGGAUUAUGGUCCUGUUGGCAUGCUGCUUCCUAAAGAGGGGAUGUUGGAGAAAGUCUAUAAAGCUCUGAAAGGAAGCCAUCCUCACCUUCAUGUGUAUAAAAAGGAGAAGAUGCCAGCUAGACUGCACUACAGCAACCAUCCUCGACUCCUGCCCCUCAUCCUCAUCGCUGACCCUGGAUACAUUGUCAAUGGGUUUUUACCUGUGAAUUACAACAAAGGAGAGCACGGCUUUGAUAAUGAAGACAAGGACAUGAAAGCCUUCUUCAGGGCCGUGGGGCCGGACUUCAAGAAAGCCGUGGCGGUAGAUCCCUUUGACCUGGUUAACGUGUAUCCACUGAUGUGCCAUCUACUGGGGAUAAACCCAGAGAUCAAUGAUGGACACCUGAAGAAUACCAAACACAUGCUGGUUUCCAACAUAGAACACCAAUACAGGAUUUUUGAAACAGCAGUAACAAGAUGGUGAUGAUAAUAUGGAUGGAAGCCUAAAGUUUAACAUCAGGUAAACUGCUUCAUCCAGGAUAUUGAGGUGAACAUAGGUCGGAGCAUAAGUACUAAGUAAACCCAGAAGCUAGAAGACUUUUUCAGUUUAUGCAGCAUCCAAAUUUUCAUCGGACUGAAUGGUCACAAUCUUUGGGAUCACCAUCUCUAGUUUAAAUUUUUUCAAGUAGCAGAUUGAGUUAGUAAUAUAACAGGAAUGCCUAUGUUAAUGGCAUGACUAAAUAAACAAACAGUAACUGCCUUACAGCAGCAAAACUCUGUAAACCACCUUGUUACCAGAUUCAUCGUUGUCAAACUGGCAGUUUGUCCUAACAUAUGUUUGGUCCUAAGACUGGCCGUGUUCACUGGAAGCCCAGUACAGUUAGCGCCUGUUAGCAGUAACUUUUGGAACAAGUAAGCCAUCUGUUCAUUAGUCAAAGUGGAAGUGAUCUUAAAAUCUGUAAAAAGGCAUUUUUCAUUUUAGCUCAACUUAAAUCUAAUCUACCUUGUGUCUGUAAAAACCAAAGGUAACAUUUAUUACAGGACUCUUCAACCUUGGCAUCACACUGGCUGUAUUACAUUAUCUCACAGCUGUAAAGGUAUAUCUUAUCAGACUGUAGGUUAUUGAUCUCUGCACUAUGAAGCAAAUGUAUUAAUGUGAAAAUGCAACCUAGGCUUUUUUUGUGAAUGUAUAUGAGUCAAACCUUUGUGCAAAAGCAUAAUUACUUUGCUUGUAGUAUCACCAGGGUCUCUACACAUGAACAUGAGCAUUGAGAACAUUGUUUGUGUACACAGAGUCUACUAACAUGAGAGUUUUUCGACAACUCACAUUAGCAGAUGUUUCCUUCGCUCGCCAGUGUCCUGCCAGUGAGAAGUAUCGAUCUCCAAAUGCAAUGUUAACGUGGAGGUGAAUUAAGGUGGACAACUCCUAAAGCUUAGUUCCAUAUAAAUGCACGGAUAAUUUGUUGUUUUGUCAUUAGCGAAAACAAUAUUGACCUUGAAGUUGAAAAAGGAGCCUCAUAUAUGAAACAAUACUAAAAUAAAAAGCCAGAAAAGUCACGUGAGAUAUCGCAUGGAUAGUUGUUGCCGGAAGACAGUAGCACUCCAUUUUAACUGUCCUCCAUGUUAUGUAGCAUUCUGAGAUCGAUACUUCUCGACAGCUGGAAGCGGAACAAGCUACUGCUAAGGUCAGUU